CGUGGAGUUGGGGUGGCGCCGCGUUCCCCGGUCCCCAUCGCCUCCAUGAGCCGCCUCAGCGGCCGUUGGGACGGCGCCGAUAAGGAUAUCUUCGCUCCUUUAGAGCUCCUCCUGGACCUAUGCCUUCGAUGUUUGACGGAGAACCUUUCCAGAUACGCUGCAGAUAUUAAGUCAUUGCCACCCAACAUAAAGGACAAACUGAUAAAAUUAAUGAGUAGUCAAGGACAAAUAACUGAUUCAAAUAUCAGUGAGGUGUUGCACCCAGCUGUAGAGGCUCUAGACCUCCGAGACUGUGACAUUUCAGAUAAUGCACUACUGCAGCUUUAUAACUGCAAACAACUGAAAAAGAUCAACUUAAAUUCUUGCAAAGAAAACAGAUUUGGAAUCACUUCAGAAGGUGUCAUAGCGCUGGCCUUAUCCUGCCCUUACUUGCGUGAAGCCUCUUUUAAAAGGUGCUGCGAUAUAACUGACAGUGGAGUUCUUGCUCUGGCACUCAACUGCCAGUUCCUGGAAAUAGUGAGCUUGGGUGGCUGUUCAGGCAUCAUGGAUGCAUCCCUGCAGGCACUAGGAGAGAACUGCAAAUUUCUUCACAGUGUGGACUUUUCAUCUACUCAGGUAACAGAUGAUGGCGUUGUAGCAUUAGUGAGUGGAACAUGUUCAAAGAAUUUAAAGGAGAUCCAUAUGGUACGCUGUGUGAAUCUGACUGAUGUUGCCGUGGAAGCAGUCCUUACUUCUUGUCCAAAGAUACACAUUUUUCUGUUCCAUGGAUGCCCAUUGAUGACAGAUCGUUCCCGAGAUGUUUUAGAGCAGCUAGUCAUAUCGAACAAAAUCAAGCAAGUAACAUGGACUGUUUACUGACUAUUUGCCAUGUACAUAUGAGUGUAAAGUUUACAGAUGAGAGAGCUCUUUCAGAAGGCAAGCAUCGUGGAGAAAAGAGUUGGUGACUUUGCUUCGCUCUGUGUUCCCACCAGAGGUCUCUGUGACCAUUCCAGUCUUUGCCUGUGAGUUUGAGCUUCCCCAUUGUCUCUACUUAUGGCCAUGCCUGGCUUUGCAUUGUUGACCACACUUCAUUAAGAGGAAAGUUAAACUGUCAUAGUAUCAGUCAGGGUUGGAGGGGACCACAAUGAUCAUCUAGUUCCAACCCCCCCUGCCAUGGGCAGGGAUACCCCACACUAGAUCAGGCUGGUCAGAGCCUCAUCCUGCCUUGUCUUAAACACUUC